CACGACCCGACGCGCCCCAACGACGCCGUCAUCAACCACAGCUCCGCCAUCUGAUCACAGCGCCUGUGAUCGGGUCUCAAACGGGGUCGCCCAUCAUGCCUCCUCCGCCACACACACGGCCGGAGAAUGUUCUCAAACGCGCCCAAGAACUCAUCGGGGUCGACCAGAAGCAGGCUGCCCUGUCCAUCCUUCACGAACAUGUCACGUCCAAGAGGACGCGCAACAGUACCAUCGCCGCGCUCGAGCCGGUGAUGCUGCUGUUCGUGGAGCUGUGUGUAGAACUGCGGAAGGGAAAGUCUGCCAAGGAUGGCCUUUACAACUACAAGAACACGAGCCAGAACACCAACGUUGCCACGAUUGAGCUGGUCUUCCGCCGCUUUAUUGAACUGGCGGAGCAGAAGGUCACAGAGGCCCAGGCUAAGGCCGAUGAAAUUUCACAGAGCACCGCCUCGGGAGAAGGCGAGGGCGAGACCACGGAUGCCACACUAGCAAACGUGACUGACUUGGAGGCAAUGGAGACGCCCGAGUCUAUCCUGCUGUCAACUGUAUCAGGCGAGCAGUCCAAGGACAGGACCGACCGUGCGAUUGUGACCCCAUGGCUGAAGUUCCUGUGGGAGACGUACCGCACAGUCCUAGACAUUUUCAAGAACAACGCUCGCCUGGAGGUCAUGUACCAGACCACGGCACACCAAGCUUUCCAGUUCUGUCUCAAAUAUACCCGCAAAACGGAAUUCCGUCGAUUGUGUGAGCUUCUACGCAACCACUUGCAGAACGCGGCGAAGUACUCGCAGCAGGUACAUGCUAUCAAUCUUAGCGAUCCCGAGACUUUGCAGCGUCAUCUCGACACGCGCUUCAUGCAACUGAACGUUGCUGUUGAGCUCGAGCUGUGGCAGGAAGCAUUCAAGAGCGUUGAAGAUAUUCACACUCUCCUCAGCUUGUCAAAGAGACAACCAAAAAACUCCAUGAUGGCGAACUACUAUGAGAAGCUCACUCGAAUCUUCCUCGUCAGCGAGAAUUACCUCUUUCACGCCGCCUCCUGGAGUCGUUACUACAAUCUGCUCAACUUGUCGGCGAGACAGGUCGCCGCAGGUGCUUCGAAGAAGGACAACCCCUCUAACAUCACCGACAAUGAUCUUUCGAAGGCGGCUUCUUUCGUACUCCUUUCCGCUCUUUCUAUUCCAGUCAUUAGCACCUCACGAUCUCGUGGAGCGCUGAUUGAUGUGGACGCGGCACGAAACACCAAGAACGCACGUCUCACCAACUUGCUUGGUAUGAAUUCGCCGCCCUCGCGUGCCAUCUUGUUCAAGGAUGCUCUCAACAAAGACAUUCUGCAGCGCGCCCGACCAGAGAUCAGAGAGUUAUACAAUAUUCUGGAGACCGAUUUCCACCCGAAGUCUAUCUGCGAAAAAGUCUCGCCGAUAUUGUCACAAAUCGGCGCUGACGAAGAGAUGAAGAGAUAUGUAUUGCCACUACAGCAAGUCAUUCUGACACGACUGUUCCAGCAAUUGUCCCAGGUUUAUACCGAUGUCAAGCUGGAAGAUGUCACUGCUCUCGCACAAUUCCCCGAUCCAUUUCAGGUGUCAACCGCUACUAUCGAGAAGUUCAUCAUGAACGGCUGCAAGAAGGGAGAUCUCUCCAUUCGUAUUGAUCACUCCACAGGCAUCCUCACUUUCGAUUCCGAUGUUUUCUCGUCUGCCAAAGCCAUGCACCCAGGCUCUGGCGCCGGUUCCGCUGAAGCUGAUGCAUCAUCUGUCCAGCGCCUGCAGAGCACCCCGGCUGAGAUCGUUCGAUCGCAACUAUCUCGGCUGUCUAAGGCUCUCUAUAUCGCCGCGCAGUAUGUCGAUCCCACAUUCAAUGAGCAACGUCAGAAGGCAAGGCUGGCGGCCCUCCAGCGAGCGGAGGCAGGUGCUGAGAAGGAACAUGUUGAACUUCUUGCUCGACGAGAUCUUAUUCAGAAAAAGAAGGAGACCGCUGCAAAUGUCCAACUGGCGAGACAGCGUGAAGAGGAGCAGAAGCGCAGAGUUCGUCAGCAGGAACUGCAGGCUGCAGAGACGGAGCGUCUUGCUCAGGAGACUCGAGAUCGUGAGGAGCGUCGUCUGCAGGCGGAGAGGAAGAAGGUCCAACGUGAAGAAGCCGAGAAGCAACUUCAGGAGCUCAAAAAGGGCGUCAAGGGCGUGGAUCUCUCCGAACUGGACAUUGAUAAUCUGGAUACCGGCAAGAUCCGCAUGCUCAAAUUGCAGGCGCUCGAGAAGGAGAAGAAUGAGAUUGGCGACAAGGUGCGCAUUGCCGGCAAGCGAAUUGAUCACCUGGAACGCGCCUAUCGGAAGGAGGAGAUCAAGCAUCUUGGUCGUGACUACGAAAUGCAACGCGAGCAAGACUUCAAGGCAUGGGAGGACAGCAAGAACGAAACUCUCAACACUGCCAAAGAGAAGCACAAGCAAGACGUUGCGCUCAAACAUCGUCUGAGCCGCCUUGUAUCUCCCUACGAGCAAUUCAAGCGUGCCAUCACUGAACAACGUCAAGCUGAAUUUGACAAGCGCCGUAAAGCCGCAGACCGUGAACUUAAUGACGCUAAGGAGAAGCGACGCCGAGAGGUCCGCGACGCCAAAGCUGCCGAGAAGCGACGUGCCGAAGAAGAGGAGCGUGCCCAACGUGAGGCUGAGGAACGCGCUCGCAUCGAGGAGGAAGAAGCUGCUGCUGCUGCCGAAGAGAAACGAAGAAAGGAUGCAGAGGCCAAAGCAGAGGCCGAGCAGCGAAGGCAAGAACGAAUGGAGGCUGCUCGGAAGCAAAUGGAGCGCGAAGAAGAAGCAGAGAGAAAACGUCUCGAGCGCAAGCAAGGUGGCGCUGCCGCCGCUAAGCCUUUCGAGCGGACCACAUUUGAGCGUCGUGCUGAGCCUGCUUCUGAACCGUCGACAUCGUCAGGACCACCGCGCUUGGCGCUUGCCGGCAGCAAGCCUACGUGGCGUGAACGUGAGGCAGCCAAGGCGGCGCAAGGUGGUACUCCACCUGUCGAGGCUCCAGCUCCAGCAGUAGACAGUGUCCCUACCGAUGAAGCUGCACAACCUGCGAGAUCUGGCUACAUACCUCCUGCGCUUCGUGGCAAAGCCCCAGGUGCUGAUUCAGCUCCACCAGCCGAGGGCAAGCCCGAGCGAUGGCAGGCUAGGUCUCGCGGCGCUGAGGGCGAGCGAAGUGACACGCCAGAACGCAAGCCUGCUACAGAACGCUGGGCACCUCGACGCGCGAAUGAGCCAGAGCGCAGCGAGACACCGCCGGCUCCUACUGGCGGAACCUACAAGCCUCCAGGACAACGCUCUGGGGGUACGUACCGACCACCAGGCGCCCGUUGAUAGGAAGAAGAUGAUCAAAGUGCGCAGACCGCUUGUCCAGUUCAAGCUGUGCAUGGUUUGACCAGACGUGGAAGUGCUUCUCAGGAUGGAGGGCGGCAGAUAAAAAUGCUUUGACGGCGCAUGUUAGUAUAGUUCCCCAGCUAGUGCAAUCAC